GUAUUUCUUUGCACCUUUCAUUCUCAUCCCUACGCCUCAUACCUGCAGCUUAUUAGUUAACAAGGUUUUCUUCUUGAAAUCACUUCUCUUAAUAUAAACAUUACGUACUUAUAUUUGUGAUAAUUACUCAAGUGGAGUAUUUGAUUUGUACUCCUACUUAAGAUGGUAAACUACUGGAAAUCCAAGGUUCUGCCCAAGAUCAAGAAAGUCUUUGAGAACCCAAAAAAGGCAGCUGCUCUUGAAGCUUGCAAGGCCUUCGAUGAAUCUAAGGAGCAAUAUUCGAAAGAGUGUGAAGAGAAAAAGACAGAUCUUGAGCCCAAAGUUACCGAAAUCUAUCAAGCUUCAUCUACUGAGAUUAAGGCUUUGAUCAAGGAACCAACGGAUGCAGCUGUGAAAAAGCACUCCGCAGCAGUCCAGAAAUUCCUCGACGAGCUUGCUAAGAUCGAUUUUCCGGGUUCAAAAUCAGUGAGCGAAGCAGCUAGUAAAGUUGGACCAGCAUACGUGUCUGGUCCGGUUCUGUUUGUGUUCGAGAAGGUCUCCACUUUCAUACCUGCCCUUGUUGAAGAGGAGAAGAAGAAAGAGGAGGAGAAGAAAGAGGAGGCUGUCCCGCCACCGGCUGAGGCUGAGGCUGAGAGUUCCAAAGAGGAGGUUAAAGAGAAGGAGAUCGCUGUGGAGGCGGCUGUUGAGGAGAAACUCGAGGAUGCGCCGCCAGCACCAGCAGCAGACCCUCCUAAGCCUUGAAGGCUGAAGCCCUCUCUCUCCCCUCAUAUUUGCCACCAAUAUGUUUGUAAUUGUAUAUGUGAUUGAUUUCUUAUUCUUUA